CCGCCUCGUGUCAAAUCGAGUUUAGGUGGGCUGCCGGAGCCGCGCUGGAGGCGCGGGACUGUAUUGUUAGGUUAAUAAACGCUGUUUUCAUAGCUGGUGUUUUCUGUUAACAGCGGGUUUAAGAGAGAUAUGUGUGAAUGGUUAACGCUGGUCAUCUUCACAUGAACUGAACCGGCGUGAUUUUCAAACCCCAGCAGUGGCGACAUGUGGAGGAACCAGCUUGAUGAUGUAGUCACUCUCCCUGACUGAAACACAUAACUAGGAAUCAAGACUCUUCCCUGAGGCACAACGCUGCUCUGCUGUGACUGCAGCUGUUAAAACAUGAAAUCUGAGAACCUCCUGUCAAUGCCCCUCAGAAUCUCUGUAACAGGGUUCUGUCUCUGGUGAGUGUGUGCAUUUUACCAUGAGCUGGGCCACAGAAGACUGGACCGCAGGUCUCUCUGGCCUCGUCCUGCAGAAGGUUCGGGAGCUUCAGGCCCACAAUGAGAAGCUGAACCGAGAGAGACAACAGAGACAGCUCCAGCUGGACAACUCAGAGGCAGCCCUGCACAAACAGAAGCAAAAGUAUGAAGAGGUGCGUGUGGAGCUGGCUGCAGUGCAGAGGGAGCUGGUGGGAGUACGAGAAGGUGCACAGGCGGAGGCCCGAGCAAAGGAGCGCCUGGCCCAAGAGCUUCAGGUGAAAGCUACUCAGGUGUGCUCUGUAGAGAACCAGCUGCAGUCGGCCAGAGCACUUGCACAGAAGCUUGCACAGGAAGUUAAACGACUGGAGGCCGAGCUGGAGAAGCUGCAGAAGGAAAGCGUCUCCGGGGAAUCUUUGCUGUUUUCUACUCCCAGCUGGAACAUGAACUCACCCUGGGAUCAAAGCGUUAGUAAGAACAGUCUUCGAGGGGAAGAAGACAGUAAGGCUCACCAUGUCAGACAACAGCUCAUGUUUGCAGACAGCCCCAAACCCUCUCAGGGUGGAGUUUCGUCACAGUUCCCACAGCAACCCCACAAAACCCCAUCCCACCGGCGUGGACUCCACCAAUCAGAGACUCGUACUCCCUCCUCCGUGUUUCCGUGGGAACGGGAUGACACAAUGUCUAAUCCCAGAGGUAGACCAGCAUCCACCCCCUCCUUCUCUUCCAGCGAGGUCAUCGUUACAGGCUCUGACUCUCAGGAUAACGAGGUCGAGGAGGCUCUGAGGAAAGAGAGAGAUGCUCUGUCUGGACGGGUGUCUGGGCUGCAAAGGGAACUACAAGCGGAAAAGGAGCGCUACAGGGAUACUGAGUCUUGUCUCGCUCAGACUCAGAAAGAGCUCAACAUCAAAGAACAGAGUCUCACUCGCUCCAAAGACGAGUUGGCUCGAGCACAAACACGCAUCACUCAGGAAGGGGACAGGGCCCAGGGAGCUGAACAGCGUGUGAAACAUCUUCAGGAGGAGCUGAAGUGUCAGAGGCAGAAUGCUGAAACCACCCGGUGCAAUGCUGAGCAGCGCAAAAAAGAAAUGGAGAGAGAGCACCAGAAAGAGUUGUUGGAGCUGCAGAGGGAGAGGCAGUCUAUGGAAAAACAGCAUCAACAGGAGAACAACAGACUUAACCAGGAGAUCCAGCAAGCCAGAACUGCACACAACACUCUACAGUCUCAGUACGACAAGCUGGCUUUGCAGAAGCAGGCAGUGGAGCAGGAUCUGGAGGGAGUACAGGCCAAGCUGAAGAGCACACAGGCUGAUCUCACUGAGAGUCAGAAGAGAGAGAGUCAGACACAGGCAAAGCUCACGGAGUCGCAGAGGGAAAGUGAGACCCUCAGUGUGUCUCUGGAGCAGCUAAAGAAAAAGGAGAAGACCCUGGAGGCAGAGGUGAAGAGGCUGACUGAAGAAUUGGCUGAAGCACUGAAGCUCAUUAAAGAGCUGCAGGCCAAGCUUGCAGCUCCUCCUCCUCCACCACCUUUGGUCUCUCAUUCCUUCACUCCUGUUUGUGGAGACAGCUUCACCACCCCUGUUCUCUCCAGCCACCUUGAUCGCUCUCCACCUCACCAGGUCUCAGCCCAGAAAAAAAGAGGUCCAAAACCUGCAAGACCAAGAGAGAUUGACAGACCUGUGGCAUUACCCUAUCCCCCUGACCGAGAACCUGCUGAGGGUAUUGAGUCAGAACACAUCAGUGAAUUUGGAUCUGAGGAUUCUGUGACACUAAGCACCAAAGAACAUGAAGGAAACCAACACAGAGCUACACGGCCUGGUGAUUUAGACAUGGAGAGCUCUAUUACUGAACAAGACACAGGGAUAGAGGACACAGACACAGACUCCUACAUGUCUGAUUCAACCAGUGAGCGCAUGUUUAAAGAUGAAGGCUUUUCACAGGCCGAUAUUCGUUGUGAUUCAAGAGGCAAAGACUCAAUCUCGUUACACCAAGGACAGAAACAGGAUUCAUCUUCUCUCAAGGAGUUAAAAAAAGAAAAUACUGCUCUUCGGGAUGAGCUCAGAGACACCAAACAGGAGCUAGAGCGACGUCUGGAUGACCUCGAGACGCAGAGGCGAGCGGAAGCUGAGGCCAGGACUAAGCUGAAGCAGCUGAGCAAGAAGCACUCGAGCCAGACCGAGCAGCACCGUGCCAAAGCCCAGGAGUUCAAAGAGAAAGGGAGCAAAUUGGAGGCCCAGCUGGAACAGGAGAGAAAGGAAAGUGUGCGACUCAAGGAAAUGGUGGCUCGUUUGGAGAAAGAGUCUGAAAAAAGGCAGGAGGCAAGAGAAAAAGAAGAGGAGGAGAGCAAAGAGGAGAAACUCAAGCUCCAAGAGGCCCUGGCUGAGAUGGAAAGAAAGGAAGAAGAACUUCAGGAAGAAAGGGAGAAAAUUCAGACCGAACUUGAUAUGCUUAAGCAGGAACUUAAGCAGGAAAGGGAGGAAAGGGCAAGGGAGCGAGAGGAGGAGGAAAAGAAAAGACUCAAAACUAAUGAACUGGAUGGUCUAAAGAUUGCAGAACUCCAAGCAGAGUUGGAUCGACUACAAAGGUCUGCUGGCCUGAAAGACUCUAAAAGUCUAAACGACAACAUGCCUUUAACAUAUCUGCAACUUGGAAACCAGUCAAACACCACAGAUGACUCUACUGCAUUCGAAAAUAAGGUUAUUUCACCUUUUGAUGCUAGCAUUUCCUUCUUGGAGUCUGCGAACCUUCAGAACACAAUGUUCUCAAAGGAAACAAUAAUAGCAUCCCUGAUAAAAGAUUGUGGCAUUCGGACAAAAUGUACGGAACACUACGAAAAGAAUACAGAGGAAAGUAUUUUACAGGGAGAUGUUACAAAAAAGGAAGGUCACGAAAAAAGCAGUGAAGAUAAAGAUUUGGAUAACACUACCGUUUUGGUCCUGGAGGUGGAACGUUUGCGCAUGCAGAGAGACAGAGAAGCGGAGAGGGCCAAAAAAUCACAGAAAAAGCUGGAGGUCCUUCAGAACCAAGUUACUAGUCAGACUCAGCAGCUGACGCAAGCUUUUGAGCAUCAGAGCAAGCACAUUGAAAAUCUGUUGAAGGAGCUACAGGAAAGAGAUGCUGCCCUCCAAAGGCAAGAAGAAGAACUGCAGAGCUGCCGUGACGAGAUCGCCUCACUCAAAGCAGAUAAACAGGGGGAGGAGAUGGUUAACCGCAGUGCAACCUCAAACAAUGAACAAUCUACAGAAGCUGCAGAGGAGACAAGCUGUGGUUUAGUAAUAAGUGAUGCAAAUGUAGAUAGAGAAGAAGCUCUUCAAGACCUUAAAGAAAAGGCUUCCAUCACUAUGGAUGAUAUACCACUACAGUCUGAUAUAGAUAAGUCAGACCAGAAUCAGGUGUCUUCAGUAAUAAGCACUUUAGAACAUUCUUCAUUGCCCACCUCGAAUGGACAGGUUAGUGAUUCUGCCGCCCACACUGAAAACACCAAAGCAAAGGAACCACAGCAACCAUUGGAACCUCAGGAACCACACACUACUGUACAGCAAGAUGGAGGUCAUGUGGAUGAGAAUAACACAGCAAGCACAGAGAUUCCCAAUGUGUCAAAUCCAGAUAUGUCAACAAAACAAUCUGAUAUUUCCGAAUUCCCCCAGCGCCUUAUAGCAUACCCCAAAAAUGAUGUCAGUGAGUUGAAGAGGGUAGUGAAUGAAUUGCAUGAAACACAGAAUGAGCUGUCUCUUCUCAAAGCUAAACAUGACCAGCUGUCUCUGCAGCUGCUGGAAGUGUCAAAAGAAGAUUUUCUGCUCAUCAAGAAAGAGAACGAACAGCUGAAAUCAAAACUGACACUAAUGUCCAAAGAAUUGCAAGCAUCACAGAAGCCUCUACUAUCUCCAGCUGGGAUUUCUAAUUUGAAGAACAUUAAAGAAGAGGAUCCAGCAGUAGUAAAUCAAGCUAUACACUGUUCUGGAACUUCCUCAAGGCGAGAGGAGGCAGAGGGAGUUGGUGGGAAUUCUGCGGAUGGCGAAGAAGGAUGCAGGAAUAAAGGAGAAGAGGCAGAUACAGAGAGUAAAGAUGAGGCAUACUCAUCAGUGCAAGUUAUUUCUCUUCAGAAACGGGUUCAGGCCCUGCACACACAGCUCCAGCUCAUCUCUGAGCAGAACAGCAGACAAGCUGAAGAGCUGGAGCUCUGGAGACUCUCCACCUCAUCCCUGGGCGAGAACAUGGACGACCAUAGCAAUGGCAGCCCCAUAGUUCUAGUGCGAGAGGACCAGCUCAUCCUUUCGUGCAGCCCCUGUGGGCAUCACGGCCAGAAUCAACAGACCAGGAAUGCAGGGCAGUGUGGAGAUCUUUCUCAGCCGGAAGAUUUCUCUGGUCCUCAGAUUGAAUACGAGGAAGGAGAUGAUCAGCUCCUGGCAAAAACAACGAAAGGGCACUUUCAGUCUGUGAUCAAAGUAAAGGAUUAUGUCGUUAUUGAUGACUGCACAAUCACUGAAUCAACUGAUGAACCUAAAAUGAACAACACAGUCGUGGAUGUUAAUGGCACAUCCCAAGUGUCCUCCUCUGAAACAGAGAUCUCUGAGGACACGAGGCAUGAUUUAGCUCAUCCAGUCAAAUCAAGAGAACCUUGUGAGGAUGCUUCAGAAUCUGUAAUGGUCUGCCCUGAGAAUCAGUCCAUGGAAGACACUUUCAGAAGAGAAAACCAAGAGAAUCAUUCAGCCACAGGAAAAUCUGAGCUAAUUACAGAACCACAGGACUUAAGAGACAACCAACUGCCCUGCCUUAACUUCAAUGAGUCAGUUACAUUUGCAGAACACACUGGUGCUCCUGAAAGCACGUCAGAUCAGCAGAUUGAGCAUGAUUCUGCUCUUGGGAGUCUAACUGAUAAUUCUGCCCUGAUGGAGGAUGAUGUCAUGAAGCAUUUUGCUGCACACCAAGGUCAAAGAUCAGAGACCACCACAGUUUCAGGCCAUACAGUGACCAAAGAAGUGAAGAGCGUGUCCACACAGACAGAGGAGUGUGAGGAAAGGGAAGUGGAAGAUAUCAGAAGGUCCUUAGCUCUCCAAGAGAAAAAGACAUUACUGCAUGUCUGCACCCAGACUGAAGAAAUGAAGCAGAGUGAGGAAGAGGAGGGCCAGGAUGAUGAAUUAACAACAUCCCCUCCCUCCUCUCCUGCUCCACCAUCAGAACCAGAAAAGCUCAUGUUUUCCAGUGCCUUCCCCAUCCCAGCAGAUCCAGCUCACCUGGCUGAGCGCAUCAGGCGCAACCGCAGUCGCAUGUCUGCAGCGUAUGAUGACACAGAGUACGAACCCUAUGGCCUACCUGAGGUGGUCAUGAAAGGUUUUGCUGACAUCCCCAGUGGUCCAGCUUGUCCAUACGUUUUGCGCAGGGGACUUUUGGGCACUGAUGCUUUACCACGUUCACUCAGAGAGCCACUUAAAGAAGAGGAAGAUGUUGACCCAUAGCAGUCUCUCACUGCCACUGGUUCGCAGGAAAAGAUGUGUUUGAAGCUGCCUGUCUCGUUCUGAAUGUUUAUUGCCUCUCCCCAUUCCCUCACACCCCUUAAGACUUGGUAGUGAAUUGUAGCCUUUAUGAAUUGUACAUUUAUGAAUUUCUGCCUUUUGGAGAACAUUAGGAUGCUCAAAGCCUUAUUUACAGUUUGUACAAAAAUGUUUACAUAUGACUUGUGAUGUAAGCUAAGCUAAUGUAAGUUUCUGUUUUUAAAACUUGAAGUUUGUGAAUAUCUUUAUUUAUAGAUUUUGUUUAAGAUUUUUUUUAUGUGCCAUAGAUUGAUUGCUAUGAAUAUGGUAGAAUAAAACACUUGAGGAGUGUGUGUAUGUCUGUGUGUGUGAGAGUAUGUGUGUAGAGUAUGACUCAGACCAACCUGAGCAUGUUUCCGCUCCUUGUAUGGUGUUCGGUGUUGAGUGUGUACACACUUUUCAUCUGGCUGCUCCACAGUGCCUGGUUGGUCUUAUUUCAGCAAGGCUUGAAUAGUUCAUUUUGCGUGGGAAAGGUUGUGAAUUAAAAGGUUAUGUUCUUUUGAUGAGAAUAAUAUAUUAAGUAGAACCUUUAAGUUCAGUUAAAGUAUGUGUACAUGUUUGUGAAUGUUUGUCUUUUUUAUGUCAGACUAACAUAUUGUAAUAGAAAAUGCUUACUUUAAAAAUGAGUUGCCUGUUUUUCCUUUUAUUUAUUUUUUUCAAGGCAGCGUGAAUUUUCUGUAUAUUUAAAGCACUCUUGUGUAGUGUUUUGAUUUGUUUUCUCUCCAGUGCUUUUGAGUUCAAAAUUUUGAGUUUAUUAAAGUCUGAGAAGUGACCUUGAAA